UAAAGAAGAAAUACUCUCAGUGGAAGACCUUGAACAUGAGAGCCACAGGAUUGGGUAGAGAUCCUGUUACUGGAUGUAUUUCAGCCUCGGAUGAGUGGUGGGCUGACCAAAAUGCGGCUAUGCCAGGAUGUAUAUCAUUCAAAAAUUCAGUUCUUGAGCAUGAGGACAUGAUGCGCAUAAUGUUUGAAGCAAUUAGUGUUACAAAUGAAACUGCAUAUAUUCCUGGAACUGGUCAUGCGGGGGGAGAGGAGGAAGAGCAUGAUGAUGGCGAGGAUGGUGAGGCUGAUGGUGAAGGCGAGAGGGGUGCACCACAGGUCACCCCAAGUGCUAACAAAAGGCCAGCUCCAUCUUCAGGGAGAACCACAGGUUCCCCUUCUGGAAAGAAAAAGAAAACAUAUAGGGAUACCCUUAUGAGGAGGUUGGUGGAAACAUAUGAGAAGAAGGCCCAGAGUAGUAAUAAUUCAGCAACUUCUCAUGUCAUUGAUCAUGUUAGAGAUGAGAUUGGAUCUAUGUUGGAGCAAGUCCUUAAUGAUGGCACUGAAGAAGGGAGUGAUGAGCACUACUAUGCUACCCAACUUCUAAAAAACAAGGAGAACCGUGAUGUGUUUAUUACUUUGAAGACACCUUCUGGGAGACUUAAUUGGCUGAGGAGAGCAUGGGAGGACAGGAAGAACUAGUGAUGUUCUUUUGUAAUGAACCAAUAAUUCCUUGCAUCAUUUAUUUGUACUGUAAUAGACCAUUAAUUUAUUUCCUUGCAUCAUUUAGUUGUACUGUAAUGAACCAGUAAUUUAUUUCUUUGCUUCAUUUAGUUGUACUGUAAUGGACCAAUAAUUUGUUUCCAAGAAUAAUUAUGUUGUUUC